GCUGGGGACGCGGAACCUCCGCCUCCGCUGCCGCCGCGGCCUUCUGUGAGGGCUCCCGAACUAGACUUCUGUUUUCUCGCUGCCUCGCCCCAGAUUCACUCGGCCGCAGCCUCAGCGUCUGCGCCGCGGCGGCCCUCGCUCCGUGGGCUGCGGACGCCCCGGCCCGAUGCUGCGCUGGCUGAUCGGAGGAGGCCGCGAGCCGCAGGGCCUGGCCGAGAAAGCUGCUCUGCAGACAAUAGGAGAGGACCAAGGUCAGAACCCCUACACUGAACUGCUGGUACUGAAGGCUCAUCGCGACAUUGUCCGCUUCCUGGUGCAGCUAGACGGCUACAGGUUUGCAUCUGCUGGUGAUGAUGGAAUUAUAGUUGUGUGGAAUGCCCAGACAGGAGAAAAACUUCUGGAACUCAGAGGACAUACUCAGAAGAUAACGGCUGUCAUUACGUUCCUUCCCCUAGACUCUUGUGAGGCCAGCAGUCAGCUUCUCUUGACAGCCUCUGCUGACCGGACUGUCGGUGUUUGGGACUGUGACACCGGCCGGCAAAUCCAGAGGGUCACGUGCUUCCAGUCUACUGUCAAGUGCUUGGCUGUCCUUCAGAGGCUGGACGUCUGGCUCUCAGGCGGAAGUGACCUGGGUGUGUGGAGCCGAAAAUUAGACCUGCUGUGUAAGACCAGCCACCUUUCUGACACAGGGAUCAGUGCUUUGGUUGAAAUCCCUGGGAACUGUGUCGCUGCAGCCGUUGGCAGAGAAUUGAUCAUUUUUAGGCUUGUAACACCCACAGAAGAACUGCUUGAAUGGGAUAUUAUAGAGGUUAAACGCCUUCUCGAUCACCAGGACAAUAUCCUGUCAUUGGCUAACAUCAAUGAUACAAGUUUUGUCACUGGCUCCCAUGUUGGGGAGCUGAUCAUCUGGGAUGCUCUGGACUGGACCGUGCAGGCCUGUGAACGCACCUUCUGGAGCCCGACGCCACAGCUGGAUGCCCAGCAGGAAAUAAAGCUCUGCCAAAAGCAAAAUGACAUUCCUGUGAAUCAUUUCGCAUGCGAUGAAGAGAACGUAUUUGCAGCAGUUGGAAGGGGGUUAUACGUGUAUAACCUACAGUUGAAACGUGUGAUUGCCUGCCAGAAAACUGCACACGAUUCCAACAUCCUACACAUCGACAAACUUCCAAACAGGCAGUUAAUCUCGUGCUCAGAAGAUGGCGCUGUGCGCAUGUGGGAGGUCCGGGAAAAGCAGCAGCUGGCGGCCGAGCCGGUCCCAACAGGGUUUUUUAAUAUGUGGGGAUUUGGAAGAGUAAACAAACAGGCCAACCAGCCUGUUAAAAAGCAGGAAGAAAACGUCACCACGUGUUCCCUGGAGCUCAUCGGAGACCUGAUCGGACACUCAUCAUCAGUGGAGAUGUUUCUCUACUUUGAGGAUCACGGGCUGGUGACCUGCUCUGCAGACCACCUCAUUAUUUUGUGGAAAAAUGGAGAGCGAGAAUCUGGACUACGCAGCUUGAAGUUAUUUCAGAAGUUAGAAGAAAACGGUGACUUAUACCCAGAAUCCACUUGAAGGAGCCAGGCGGGUGUGCACUCGAGAACCCUGCACAUCCAGUACAGGGCGGCCCUCUGGAAACCACCACCACUUCCGCCCCUUACAUCAGUACUGUUUGCUUGACCGUGAAGUUCUGGCUGUCUGGCGGCAGCAUGAGUCCCCCCAAGAACACAGCAGGGCAUGGCCUUGCUCCUGAGCAAGUGACGGGUGCUCUGUUCCAUCUCGGAAAGCAGUAGACAAAAAGGAUAAAUGUAAAGUUGUCACACAUCAUGUAUAAGUUUUAUUUUGGGUUCUUUUAGAGACUGUCUAAGACCUGCCGUGAGAGAUGUAUCCUUUCUGCUCUAAAUUCUCCUGCUCCUCAGUAGCUAUCAGUGUGAACUAGAACCAAACUUGAAUAUUAGCCAGAAAGCAAAAAAAGAAUUAUAUUCUUUAAGUGCAAUGAUUCUGUUUGGUACCAACUAAUUUUAGUCAUUGAAAGAAUAUUUAAUCGUGCCCACUAAAAUCCCUGAGCCCACAGGCGCCAUCUGAACAUCUCUUUCUCAGUGUGAACUGGCCUGACCCCUUAUUGGCAGAACGGUUUUCAGGUGUCCCUGGGUUAGGAAGGAGGCACAGCUUUUUUUCAGGUCAGGAACCGUAGCUGAAUUUCCCUGUCCGUCUGCUUUGCCUUAAAUGGCUGAGAGCAGCCUCACCGUUCUGCUCCCUGAGCAUCCGCUAAGCCUGGGCCAUCUUCCUCGCCCUUCCAGCCUGAUGGCUGUACCCUCACGUUUGGCAUUGAAACGUGAAAUGUACUCCACACAGUAAGAACGGGGAGGACUAUUAUUCUUGAACUGCUGGUGAAGGAAUCUUAUUAAAGACAGUCAAGAUGAGUGUAGGCCUACCGAUUUGUGCGUGUGCACACACACGUGCGAUGCUCCCUAAAUGGACACUCUAUAAACUGUUGCUUUCACUAGAUCCAACUUUCACAGCUGUCUACAGUCAAGUCUCGGUAGCAUUAAAAUCAUAGGGAGAUCAGUGGCAAAAUGUUAGGAAUACGGAAACCAAGGCCUGGGGUGGUAAGCUCUCUCUCCCAUCCCAGUUCAUCAUCACUGCGCAGCCUUAAAAGCAGAAACCAGAGGAGGAGAAUGAGAAGGGCUGAGAGGACGACCCGGUGACCAUGUUAGGAAAACAGAGUGUUCUCAGUCCUUGCUGUUGGCGUAGUUCAUAAUGAAAAUAGCUUGGCAGGAAGGGAUAACAUUAGAGCAUGAGACACCUUAGUUAGGAGAGCAGGAUGCACAUGAGGAAAUCAGCACAAGAGUCAGGUUCGUCACCAUCCAUCCCACCAUCCAGCCAGCCAGGCAGACACCCUGAGCAAGCAGACGGCGCCCCAGCUUGCCUGUCACUUCAGCUAAUUUAUUCUAGACUCACUUAGAAAGCCUUGACUUGUGCUCUGUAGAUGGAUUUUCCCUUUUACCAGCCUUUCCUCUGCAAAUUUCAUAUUCCGCCAUUCGUUUGUAAAGAUGUUUUCUUAAAUGAUAUAAGACAAAGGAUUCAGAGUU